AUGGAAGGAAAGAAUCAAACAGCUCUAUCUGAAUUUAUCAUCUUGGGAUUCUCCAAUCUAGACGAAUUAAAGUUUUUACUAUUCACCACCUUCUUUCUAAUUUAUACCUGUACUUUAGGGGGAAAUAUAUUCAUUAUCUUGGUGAUCAUGACUGAUCCACACCUACACACUCCCAUGUAUUAUUUUCUUGGGAAUUUGGCUUUUCUUGACAUCUGCUACACCACCACCAAUGUCCCCCAGAUGAUGGUGCAUCUUCUAUCAGAAAAGAAAAGCAUUUCCUAUGUAGGGUGUGCGGCUCAACUUUUUGCAUUCAUUUUCUUUGUAGGAUCAGAGUGUCUCCUCCUAGCAGCAAUGGCAUAUGAUCGUUACAUUGCAAUCUGCAAACCCUUAAGGUAUUCUGUAAUUAUGAAUAAGGCCUUGUAUAGCCAGUUAGCAGCCUCAUGCUGGACUGGUGGUUUCCUCAAUUCAGUGGUGCACACAGUACUGACAUUCCACCUGCCCUUCUGUGGUAACAAUCAGAUUAAUUAUUUCUUCUGUGACAUCCCCCCUUUGCUGAUCUUGUCUUGUGGAGACACUUCUGUCAAUGAACUGGUACUGCUAUCCAUUGGGGUCUUUCUUGGUUGGACUCCUUUCCUGUGUAUCAUCCUUUCCUACUUGUAUAUAAUCUCCACUGUCUUGAGGAUCCACUCCUCAGAGGGGAGAUACAAAGCCUUUUCUACAUGUGCCUCCCACCUGGUCAUUGUUCUUCUCUUUUAUGGAAGCGCCAUUUUCACAUAUGUACGGCCUAUCUCAUCUUACUCACUGGAGAAAGAUAGACUGAUCUCAAUAUUGUAUAGUGCUGUUACCCCCAUGCUAAACCCUAUAAUUUAUACAUUAAGGAAUAAGGACAUCAAAGAAGCUGUGAGAACUGUAGGGAGAAAGUGGCAACUACCAAUUCCCUCUUUUGAUAUGUAA